CUACUCACCGGAAUCCUCUCAGUAUCCCUUGCCUUCAGCAUGACAACUUCUGUACUACUCUGACCCUGGCAACCUCAACCUGCUAUUCUCUCACCAGACACAUCCAACUGCCAGCACCAUGGGCACCCUCACAGCUAACACACAGCUAACACAACUAUACAUUCCUUCGUCUCAUGUGCUCCUGCACAUCUAGGAAUCUCCUUCCUACACACUGCUGCAACAUGACCAUAAGCUUGACACCUUUAACAACGUAAUGGGUUCGGGACAAAAGCUCUCACGGGAUUACUGACACAUCCUAACUUAACUUUGUCGGGUAAAGACUCUGCAAAAAAACUCAUCAGGACAGACAGUCUUCUCUGUCAGCAUGCUCUCCACCAGGUCUGCUUCGCACCAAAUGGCAGGUGUCAAAUAGACCAGGAAUCUUCCAUUUCAAUUGCUCCUCCUCAACACCUAAUGCCACCCAGUUAUAACUCUGUUCAAUGGCACCCUGCUCCGGAGUUCUUGUCCCCAAUCGCUUGUUUCGGAGUGCCCGCUCCCUCUGGACAAAAAGACCAUCACGAGUCUACCUCAAGUUACUUUCAUCAACUCAGCAGUCCCCAACCUCUUCUCCACCCAACCUGACACCCCACAUGGAUCCGCCAGAAGGCAAGGAUCCAUUCUCUCCAAAGAUCUCACUCAUCCUCAUCAUCAUUGGGACGAGGCUCAACCUCGACCAUCUUCACCACACCUGCCACCGCAGAUUAAAGAACUGUGCGUUUAUUGGGACCUGGAUUAUGUUCCCUGUCAGGUGCAUCAUGGGACCUUUGAUCCAGCAAGUCUAUUUGUUAACAUUCCUCAUCCUCUUUAAUGCCUGUUCAUCUGUUGCAGAUGUGCAGCUUGUUGUCCCUCCUGACCCUGUAGUUACCUCUACUGGUCAUGACGUCAUCCUUCCCUGUCACCUGUCUCCUCAAACCAGUGCUGUUGACAUGGAAAUCAGGUGGUUUAAGGAAGGAGAAUUCGCUAACUCCCUGUACCUGUAUUUGGGUGGAAAGGUAACAGAGGGGAAAGGCUAUGAGGGUAGAGUGAGUGUGUUCACUCAGGAGUUGGAGAAAGGCAAUAUAUCACUGCUGCUGAAUAAUGUCAUGGCUUCUGAAAGGGGAAGCUACAAAUGCCAUGCCAGCUACAUGGACUGGAUUCAGGAACUGCCUGUUGUUCUACAGGUUAAACAGCAGGGCAGUGUCCCCAGGAUCUCCAUGAGGAAGCACCACAGAGUGUUCAUCCAGCUCAGCUGUAGCUCAGAGAACUGGUACCCAGAGCCUCACAUGUUGUGGACAGACAGCAGUGGGAAGGAGAUCACCUCAGCAGAGACAGAGAGGCCCAAACAGAAGGAGGGGGGUGUCCUGUACUCCAUAACCAGUCACAUGAGAAUAGGGAUGGACCAACUGGAGGGGGUCACAUGUGUGGUGAUGUCACAGUACCAGGGAACCAAGAUGGAGUCUAAACUGCAGAUGACUGAGGAAUUCUACAUGAGCAGUCUGCCUGACAGGGUGUUUAUCUCUGCAUUUAUGAUUCCUGUGUUUCUGGGACUGCUGUGUAUCACUGCAUCUGUGCUCUCCUUAAUCCAUCAGAGACGAGUUGUUCGAGAAACACUGAAGCCUUUGGAUGAUAUGAAUAAAAAGUUAAAAGCUAUGGAUCAAGAGCUCAUCAAAAAGACAAAGGAAGUCACUUAUAAGGAUAAGUUAAUGGGAAUUACUGAAACAAUCCCAGACUCUGUUUGGAGCUUGAUGGUUGAUCAUGCAGUGGAUGUGACUUUCGACCCUGACACUGCCCAUCUCAGACUCUCUUUAUCUGAUGAUAACAAAUCUCUCAAAUUUGGAGAAUUAAAAGAAAAAAAAGAUUGUGAGAAUUUCAAAGAAAAAGGCAAAGGAAGCAGCAGCAUGAAGUUUGAAGAAGAACACAAAGAAGAAGACACAGGGUGGUUUGGAGGAAAACCUACAGAACAAAGUAUGUUAAAUAUUUCAGGAAAAUAUAAAGACAAGAAAACUGGAUUAUUUACCAGGAUGAUGAAAAAAGGACAAAACAAAGAAGUUACUCUGAAGACUGAGGACGUACGCAAAGAUGAGGCCACUGAGAAUUUAGAAGAAAAAUGCAAAGGAACUAAAAUUAAGUUCAAUCAAAAUACGUGUGUCUUGGGAAUGGAAGGAUAUGACAAAGGUACACAUUACUGGGAGGUUGACCUGGGGAAGAAGAGCCAGUGGAGUGUUGGGAUCGCUCAGGACACACAGAAGAGAGACAACAUCCAAAUGUAUCCAGACACUGGCUUCUGGAGCAUAUGUUACAAAGAUGGAGAACUGAAAACAGUGGAACAGUCUCCCACUUUCCUUCCCAUUGAACUGAAACCUAAGAAGCUGGGAGUUUUAGUGGACUAUGAAGGGGGACAGGUAACAUUUUUCAAUGUGGAGAAGAGGUGCCACAUCCACUCCUUCAUCAAUGGCAAGUUUUCUAAGAAACUCUAUCCGUUCUUUGGUCCUUUGAUUGAUUGUAAAGAGGAACUCAAAAUCUCACCUGUGGUACAAAGAGACAAACCCUCAACCUCUGAGACCUGUUAGUGUAAAUAAUAGAAGAUGACAGUCAUUGAAAAGAAAAAGGUAUUUAGAACCCAAAGUAUAUUAUAUACACUUAAAUUUAAGAUGAAAAUGUAAAUCCUAAAAUGUCAAAGACACCUUAAUCUUUUGUCUUGCCCAUUCACCAUCUGAAUGGAACACAUACACAAUCCAUGUCUUAAUUGUCUUAGGCUAAAGAAGGAUUUUUAAGCCUUUUCUCUCUCUUUCAUCUAAACUGGUUUAACAGGUGUCAUCAAUAAGGGAUUAUAGCUUCACCUGGACUCACCUGGUCAGUCUAUGUCAUGGAAAGAGCAGGUGUUCUUAAUGUUUUGUACACUCAGUGUUAAUCUAUUUAAAUGUAAAGUCUUAGUUGUUUUUAGUUACAAUAUGUAUGACAGUAUAGAAUAAUUGACUCACUCACUGUAAUUAUGUGUAGUUUUGUAAUAUUCUGUUUAAAAAAAGCUUUUCACUCACAUUUUUACAAAAUCUGUAAAAAUGUAAACAGUUUUGUGACAAUAAUAAAAGGCAUUUUAAUAAAAAUGUGUCAUGAAAAGUA